AUGGGCAAGAUUAUCUUCUACGAAGACAGAGACUUCCAGGGUCGUCACUAUGAGUGCAGCAGUGACUGUCCCGAGAUGCAAAACCACUUCAGCCGCUGUAACUCCAUAAGAGUGGAGAGUGGCUGUUGGGUGGCCUAUGAGAAGCCCAACUAUGGCGGCUACCAGUACAUGCUGCACAAGGGCGAGUACCCCGACUACCAACGCUGGGCGGGCUUCAAUGACUGCAUCCGCUCAUGUCGUAUGGUGCCACCUUAUAAUGGGAACUACAGGAUGAAGAUCUUUGAGCGGUCUGACUUUGCGGGCCAGAAUUUGGAGCUAAUGGAAGACUGCCCAGAUCUGCAUGAGCGUUUCCACACCCGUGACAUCUCCUCUGUCAAUGUCAUGGAGGGCUACUGGAUGCUGCAUGAACACCCCAACUACAGGGGACGCCAGUACUUCUUAAGUCCUGGAGAGUACAGAAGGCACAGUGAAUGGGGAAGCACCAGCCCCACCUUUGGCUCUCUGAGACGGGUCACUGAGCUCAACUGAUUCCCAGCUUUUUUACCCUAACUGAGCCUCACUGUUAAGAUUUUCACCCUCUUGUUUCACUAAUGCUGUUUCAGUGUGGUCUCAACA